AUGAGGGGAAAGCGGAAGCGCUCCCCGCCCACGCGGCCUUCCCAUAGGCUGUUCGGGAGAUGCCCCGCCCCCUCCGGCGCGCCCCAUGGCUGGCAGGAGAAGGGGGGGGAUUGGAAGGAGGGGGAUCGGGAGGGGGGAGAGGUCUCUUGCUGGAGUUCCCCACGCGCCUGGAGAAGUUGGUACCGUCCACGGGCCCCUUCCCCCGGCGGAUGGGUGGCGGCGCCCCCUGGCGGUGCAGGGCGGGGGCUGGGGGGCGCGCGCGGGGUGGGGCGGCGCGCGGCCGUGCCGUUGAGAGCGGCCCGUAACGGCCGCUCGUGGCGCGAGCCGUGCCAGCGGCCAUCCCCCCCCUCCCGGCCUCGCAGCAGCCUUUCCGUUAAUUGUUGGUACGUUUUUCUUCUCCUCCUCUCCCUGUCUUUUUAUCUGCCCGCCCCCCUCGCAGGUGCGGGGGUUUCUGUCCCUUCUGGAGGAGGGCCAGGCCGGGCAGCCAUGCUCCCUUCCUUCAGCUACCUGACGGGCCACCUUGGCUUCCGCGGGACGAUCAAAAACUCACCCGCCGACUUCGUAGUGACAGAAAUCGAGGUGCCCAAACACUCGCUGCGGGACGCCCGGGGUGAACCACCUCAGAAAAACAGCGAGGCGCCACCAGAACAAAGUAGCCAGCGCCUGUGGCCGCCCAAAAAACUGAGAAGGGAGCCUCCCGGCCCGUGUGCCAAGGGCUGUGGUGGUGGUGGUGAUGAUGGUGGUGGUGGUGGAGCACCCAGUCCUUCUGAGCAUCGCCCAAGCCAGGCAGGAGGCGACCAUUCUGCAUCCCCUAAAAAAACCCAUCAUGAGGAUGAACCCGAGCUGAACUCUGGCCCUGGGGAAGCCAAGGUCUUGGAUUCCUUGCUAGGCAAACCCAUGAGCGAGCUGCUCAGCAAAUUUGCUUGUGAUCUGAAGGAUGCGUGGGACUCGGGAAAUAACGGUGAUGCCAGCACUGGGGAGUUCUCGCUGGGACCUGUACUGGACAAGAAAAACAGAGCUGAUUUACACAGUGCCAUUAGGCAGGAAUUCCCCUUUCUAGUCACUGUUACAAAAGGCAAUGAAAUGGUUGUGAAAGGAAAUGCUGAUUACAGAGAACUUUGUCAGUUAGUGACCGAAAAGGAAACAAGUAAUUUCUUUAAAUUUUUAGAUGCAAAGCUAGAACAUUCAACAUUUUCUUUUGAGCCUGAUGGAAACAAAGAGCACAGAAAAGUAGUUCACCACUUUAUCAAUAGAAAAUUUGGAAAACUUUUAGAAACAAAGUCUUUUACUGCGACAGAUGGCAAUGAUCAGCCAAAUAUGUCAAUAAUGGUACGAUUUCGAGAAAAAAGUUGGUCCAGAAAAAGGUCUGCUGGUGGUUGCCAGGAAAAGCAAGAUCUUUAUACAGCUUUCACCCUUCAGAAAGAAAAUCUAGAAACACUAGAAGCAAUCGGCUUUUUGGCUGCUGAACUUGGUGUGCUUCCUUCAGACUUCAGUUACACUGGCAUCAAAGACAAGAAGGCUAUCACUUAUCAAUCGAUGGUGGUGAAAAAGGUGACUCCUGAGAGGUUGAAAGAAAUUGGAAGCAAAAUGGAAAAAAAGGGCAUGAGGAUACACAACAUACAUUCAGCGUGCCAGCACCUUCGGCUUGGUCAGCUGAAGGGCAAUCACUUUGAUAUAGUUGUGAGAGAUCUCAAACACCAUCGUGAUGACUCUUCUGCAGAUUUGAAAGAGAGAAUAUCUGAAGCAAUGGAAAAUGUUGAGACAAAAGGUUUUGUAAAUUACUACGGACCUCAGCGAUUUGGACAAGGACAAAAUGUUCAGACAGAUCAAAUAGGAUUGGCUUUACUGAAUGAAAAAAUGGUGAAAGCUGUGAAGUUAUUCUUCACACCUGAAGAUACUGAUGACCCUGUAAACAAUGCAAAAAGAUACUUUCUUCAAACUGAAGAUGCAAAGGGUGCACUUGCGAUGCUGCCAGAAUUUAAAGUGAGAGAGAAGAUGUUGCUCCGAGCUUUAAAUCGCUACGGUGUAAAUCAUGACGGUUGUACCAAAGGAUGGCUCAGUAUUCCUCAUUCCAUGCGCAUAUUCUAUGUCCAUGCUUAUUGCAGUAAAAUUUGGAAUGAAGCAGCAUCAUAUAGACUGAAGAUCUAUGGCUCAAAAGUUGUUGAGGGUGAUCUUGUCUUCUCAGAAGAAAAUAAUGAAAGUGUUUCCCUGAAUGACAAGGUUCGUGUAGUCACUGCUCCAGAGGAGUCAGCUAACAAAUACUCUAUAAACCAAGUGGUUCUUCCAAUGGUGGGACAUAGUAUCAAGUAUCCCAGUAAUAAAGUUGGACAAUGGUAUCAUGAAAGGCUUUCUAAGGAUGAGCUGCAGAUGUGCAAAUUCAGAGUGUCUCCAUUACAGCUGAAUAUACCUGGAUGCUACAGACCCAUUGUGAAAAAUGUUCAGAACCUGUCAUAUUUUUUGGAAGGUAGUGAAAAAGGAAUUGAAAUUGCAGACAACCAUCUGAAUGAAUCAAAAGUUUCUCUUCAUAUAUCAUUUGACCUUGAUCCUUCAUGUUAUGCAACAGUCUGUCUGAGAGAAAUCAUGAAAUGUGACUUUUAAGCUUCCAGUUAAUGAAAGAUUGCGGGAAUGUUAUACAAUGAUGGUAUUUUAUGUAUAAUGCCAAGGAGAUAAGGGAGAAUAACAGGUUCAAGCGAGAAACAGGAAAAAUUUGUAGAGGAAGAAAAACCACCAAACCCCUUUGGAACAAUGCAAACCCUUGGAUGCGUUUGAAUAAAGCUAUAUAUCAUGGCAGGCAGGUUUAACAGAACUUAAAGAAGCCAUGGGCUGCAAGCAUGGAUUUCAUAUUUGCAUAGGCAUCUGACUUGCAAAGUUAAAUCCUGGAAAAAUGUUUGCAGCAAACACAUGUAUUUUUUAUUUCAUAAAAAUUAAACAAACAAAAAAAAGUUUUAUACUAAAUGCUGUUCAAGCAAUACCGUUACGAGUUUGCAGCCUGCAAGUAUCUAACUGAAAAAUUGUUCUACUGAGGGUCACUAAAUGUAUUGUGUUUUUAUUGUGUUCAGGCACCAAAUGUUAAUGACUCACCCUGAGUCAACAGUGACAGCUCAUCUGAUACUUUCUCAGACAUUUGAUGAAUCCCCCAACUGAAGUUAGUGCUAAGGAUUCCAGGAUUAAGUAGUGCAUAGCUGUUAGUCAGUGCCUAUUCAAGUAAGCUCAUCAAGACAAGGUGAGUAAUUAACGUAAUUGCAAAACCAUUUAUAAUAAAACCAAACACCUGUUUUAUUGUUUACAGAAUGCAGACUUUAUCCCUGUUACUGUAAAGCCUUAUGGUGGCAAAAAAAAUGUUAACAGAACCAUCCCUGGAA